AUGCCAGGCACAUUCACCAAAUGCUCAACAACAUCAAUAGUACUCCUCGCGACAAUCUUCUUCAUCCUCUACAACUACACUCAAACCGAGCCAUACAUACAAACACAAACACAAACACAGAAGCAUGGCCCAUCAAUCCCUCCAAAACUCUGGUACAAGACCGGACCGAAAGGACUAAGCGACCAAUCCGAGACCUGGCUUCGAGAAUGUCUCCACAAAAACCCGUUGCACGACACGCAGAUCCUGACCGAUGAAACGGGCGACGAAUACGUUUCCUAUCAUUAUGCCCACCGCCCCGAUAUCGUAUACACGUACCUAGCACUACAGAUUCCAAUCCUGAAAGCCGAUUUCCUUCGCUAUCUGCUUCUGUUCGCGGAAGGGGGCGUGUGGUCUGAUUUGGAUGUUUCGUGCGAGAUGCCUAUCGCGGAGUAUAUUCCUAAAGAGUAUCAGCGUGCGGACGUGGGGUUGGUUGUUGGGUGGGAGUUUGAUGUUGGGUGGGGGGAUAAUUUCAUUCGGCAAUUUGCUAGUUGGACGAUUAUGGCGAGGGCCGGAUGUGUGCAUUUGGGGGUUGUUAUUGAUGAGAUUGUGGCGGCUGUUAGGGAUAAGGGGCUUUUGUUUGGGGUUGGGGUUGAUGGGUUGACGAUUGAGAUGGUGGGGGAUAUUAUUGAUCUCACGGGGCCGAGGAGGUUGACUGGGGGUGUGUUGAGGAGUUUGGAGAUGAUUAGGGGUGAGGUGGUUGAUAUGGAGUCGAUAUCGAAGUUGAUGGAGCCGGCGCUUGUUGAGGAUGUGUUGAUUUUGCCUGGGUUUGCGUUUGCGGCGUCAAGUAAUAACUAUGUGAAUGGGAGUGGUGUGGCGCUGGUAACGCAUCAUUAUGCGGGGAGUUGGAAGAAUCACCAUGGUGGUGAGAUGUGA